AUGUGCGAUACUCACCCCACGCAGCGGAAGCCAUGGAUCGAGACUCCGUUGAUAGAGUCUGCGACGCUUUCAAAGGCAGCAGGAUGGGUCCUUCAAGUCGAGGUAGAUCGUCCAAAACUUACUCAAGAACUAUCAAGAAGCACGAAUGUAACUUAUAUUCAUUGCAGAGGUAUCGGAAAUCUCAUUCGCAGCACUCUCCUGGACCCUGCAAACAAAGACAAGGAACUUCAUUUUUACAGUUCUUCCGGGGGAAAUGCAGGGCUCGCCGCCGUCAUCGCAGCCCGAGACCUGGGCUGCUCCUGUACAGUCGUCGUACCACAUAGCACCAAACCUCUCAUGAUUAGCAAACUACGUGCUGCCGGAGCUACAGAUGUGAUACAGCAUGGAUCAAGCUGGUUUGAAGCCGACACUUAUCUUCGGCAAAACUUCAUCGAAAAUAACACAAACGAGAAGGGCGCUGAUACAGCCAUGAAACGGAACAUCUAUGUGCCCCCAUUCGAUCAUCCAGAUAUCUGGAAAGGCGCUGGGACAAUGGUUUCGGAGAUUGCUGCCCAAUUACCACCUAGAGACACUCCUGCGGGCUACGCUUUCCCCGCUGAUGCGAUUAUAUGUAGCGUUGGUGGCGGAGGUCUCUUUAAUGGGAUUGUGGAAGGACUUGGUGAUUACAUGCGAUCUCAUCCGACACCAGACUUAAUAACUGGUACGACGUUGAAGAACGUCCGUGUGUUGGCUGCUGAGACGAAUGGAGCGGAUUCUCUCGCCCUCUCGCUGCGGAGCGGAAGCCUACAGUCUCUACCGGCGAUCACCUCCCUGGCGACUUCUUUGGGUGCGCUUUGUGUGUCUCCUCAGACUUUGAAGGAUGCUCAGUCACCACCGGCCGGUGUUGACGUUGUCAGUGUUGUUGGGUCUGACGCUGAGGCUGCGAAGGGAGUCAUUCACUUGGCUGAUGACCUUCGGUUGCAAGUGGAGCUGGCAUGCGGGAUCAGUGUUGACAUAGCAGCAGGGCCGAGGUUAAGGGAAGCUGUUCCAGAUCUUACUCCGGACAGUCGUGUGGUUGUGGUUGUUUGUGGAGGAAGUAAUAUUACCGCGGAGAUGAUUGCUGAGUAUCGGCAGAGAUUGCAGAAUGGAUGGGAGUAG